UCCAAAUUCAGUUAUCACCCUCCAAUCCUCCACCACCACCACAACCACCAAUGUUCCGUUCCCCACCACACCUCCUCCGCCCCUCUUCCACCCUCCUCCUCCCCCAUUUCUCCCUAAACCCCAACUUCCACCACCUCAAAACCCCCAGAAAACCACCACCCCCAUACCACACCUCCUCCUACCCACGUCUUCCCCCAUUACUAGCAUUACCCGAAGACGGACCCGAAGAACUCCCAUUCUCCGUACCCUCCUUCAUCUCCACCGAUGACGACCCUUCCACUCUCCAAGUCGCCACCAGUCUUCUCCUCACCGGCGCCAUUUCCGUCUUCCUCUUCCGCUCCCUCCGCCGCCGUGCAAAACGCGCCAAACAACUGCAAUUUAGGUCUACGGGAGCUAAAAAGACGCUGAAAGAGGAGGCACUCGAGAGUUUAAAAGCGAUGUCGCCAGUUGAGGGAAAUAAGACUCCGUCUGCCGUUCAGGCGUUGUUGGGAGGCUUAUCUGCCGGGGUUAUUGCGCUUAUUUUGUAUAAAUUUACCACCACCAUUGAAGCUUCUCUUAACCGUCAAACACUUUCAGACAAUUUUUCGGUGCGACAGAUAACGAUAACAAUAAGGACUAUUAUAAACGGGAUAUGCUACCUGGCGACAUUCGUUUUUGGCAUCAAUUCCUUUGGGUUGAUACUCUACUCAGGUCAGCUUGCGCUUAACUCAAUAGCAGGAGAUUCUUCAAGUGACAGAAUCCAGAAACAAGAUGAAACACAACAGAACUCCAGUGGGUCUGAAACAAAAAUCAGUGAUGAAGAUCCAGAUUCAAAUAGCAGUCAACAGUAACCGAGAUGAGAAAGCUAACUUCGAAAAACCAGGUUCCAAUGUCGUGAAUCCUGUGUCUAGUAUACUUGUACACCUUACUUUUGUUUUCAAUGUUCUGUUGAAGGUGGCUAAAAGGUUUCUGAAACAACACAAGUUAUUCUGCAUCUCUAGUUGUAUGUUAUAUGAACAGGUUCAUUUCAUCAAAUGUACCCACAAAUCUGUACAUA